AUGUAUAACAAUAAUCUAAGUAGCUCCUCUCACAAAUAAUUGAAGACACUGUUAAACCAAAUUAAGUCUAUUCCUGUUUUAAAAUCUAUAGAAUAACUGAAAACAGAAGGAAUUUAAUAUUAUUUUCAUUAAGGAUAUGAAAAAAAGGUUCUACAUAAAAUGUUUACUCUUUAUAAAAAAAAAAGACAUAUCUAAAGAUAUAUCAAUCAUUAAGUUUAUACUGCAGACUUAAAUGGAAUUUCUCUAAAAACCAGCUAAAUUGAUAGAUUUAAUUUGUAUUAAAAAGGCUUAACGUAGUAAUUUAUUAUUAAUGAUCAUUUAGUGAAUUAAAUAUGAAUUCUAAUAGCAAUUUAAAUAGGUUGAAAAAAGCAGACUUUUAAACUUAAUCUACUGAAUAACUUUAUGGAUACAAAAAACUUAGAGCAUAGAGAUAUACACAUAAUAUUAGGUCAGAGGAUCUAAUCCAUAUAAUAAGAGAAUAAUAAUAUCAAUUAGAAUAAGAUUUAUAUGUCCAAGCAUUUAAUUAGACCAAAAAGAGAAGAAUUGUUAAUAUAAGCUAUGAGAAAAGAUAAUUAUUUUCAAUUUUUUUUAAAACCAACAUUUUUUCCAAUCAAAAUUAUUUACUAAUUAAAUUAUUUAUGAAUUUUAAGUUCAAAACUAUCAGAAGAACCAGAAAUGCUUUAAACGCUUAAUAAAUCUAUUGGGAAAUAAUUAAAUUAAAGAAAUAUUUUAGAGUGAAAACUAUUUUUGGAAAAGAAAGAAAGGCUGAAAUAAUUAUUCAUCGAACUCAAUUGCCAAACAACUAUAAAACUCAUGAUAUGAGCUUAUUUAUUGAACAGCAUCAAGAAACAUAGAAUAUGUUCUAUUACAUCGCAACAGGAUUAUUUAGUUUUUCUAUAAUGCAUAUCUAUGCAAAAAUGUUAUAUGAUGAUGAUACUAGAUAUUGGGUCAGCAUUCGAUUUCCAAAUCAUAUGAAAUAAUUUGAUAUUUUUAAUAGUCAUAUAUAGAAUCAAUAUGAUUAUAUUUUAGAGAAAGUAUAAAUAGGAAUAACAUUAUUUAGUUACAAUUAAAAAAUAAAGACUUAAGUGGAGCAGUUGGAUAUCAUAAUUUAAAAUAAGGAAUUAAAGAUCUAUUCAAAAGAGAGACACAAAUCAUUGAUUUUGAAACUACAGAUAAAUCCAUAGAAGGAUUAGAUAGUUUUUUAUAAGAAUAAGAUUAAAAAGUACUUAAAUCAAUUAAAUGA